AAAGAUAUAUAUUGGCUUGAUAUUGAAUGAUAGAAAAGUCAAAAUCUCUGUAUAAGAAAUGUUACUCUAUUGAAUACCCAGGAAAAGUUGUUAGUUUGGAGAAAUGUUUUGAAACACUGGGAGGAAUUGAAGCAGUUCGUCGUACAUGUUUACAAGUUUUUUUAUAAAGAAAAAAAUGAAGAAAAUUUGAUAAAUAUUAGGACGAAGAAUCGGAAGAUAAAAGCCCUUUAGAGUUAAGACUAUGGCCGAAAAAUCCUUUCGAACAUCCAGUUCAAGCACGUUCAGUAAAAAAAAAAAUAAGGAAAUUGAUGAGAUAGACAGUCGUAUAGAAUACGAAAUUAUUGGAAUAAUAAGAAAGACAUUUAGAUUUAGAGAUAUAUUUGAUUUUCAAUAUAAUACACAUGCAUCACCAUUUAUUAAAAUGUGGAAUAGAAGUAUUGUUCCUCUUGAAUUUGAAUCUCUAAAUCAUUUUUCUAUAUCAUUGGAAGAAAAAGAUGAUCCUCAAAAUCUUGAUCUUCCAGUUCCAUCAGUAUUUUCGAGGACAAAGAUUCCACAUAACUAUUGGUAUCGACAGAAUCCAAGUUUAAUUAAAGUACAACAGGAUAGUAAACCUAAACUUGUUAAUAAGUCGAAAGCGCCUAGGAUAUGGUCUAUUUCUGUUCCUUGGGAAACAGAAACUGUUCCUGCAGAACCUCAUGUUAAACUUCCUAAUAUACCUGAACAGAAUAUACAAAAUAUUUUGAAUCUAUUAAAAGUAUUAUUUGAAGAGCGUCCAAUAUGGACGCGUAGGGCAAUUACAUAUAAAGUCAAUAAGAAAGAUCCAGGAAUGUCAGCAUAUUUAAAAUACGCACUAGCAUAUGUUGCAUAUCAUUGGAGAUCUGGCCCCUGGAGAGAUACAUAUGUAAAAUAUGGAGUAGAUCCCCGUACCGACCAAAAAUAUCGAUUUUUUCAGACAGUAUCGUUUACAUAUAGACCUUCAGAAAAUUUGGAUAAUACUAAUCUUUCUCCUCAAGAAAAGGAAGAAUCCAAUUCUCCUAUAUUUACAGGACAAACACUUUAUCAACAAACUAGAAUUUUCCAAAUUUUAGAUAUAACUGAUUGUUUACUUAUACAAUUACUAGAAAAAAUUCCAUUAAGAACUAAGGCUAAUUUUAAAAAUGGUUGGUUUAAAUCUACUUUAUUUGAUAAGUUUAAACAUAUCAUGAAACAAAAAUUUAAAGCAUUAUCUGAAGGAAGAAUAGCAUCUGAUCUCGAGUUUAUAAGAAUACUAGAACGAUCAAAUGAUGCAUCUUCAUCAUCUUUUACAGAUGAUGAAAUUGAUGAAACAAAAUUUGAUACUUCAAUAAUUUCCCAAGAACCAGAUGCUAAAGUUAAUUUACUUAUGAAGGAUUUUUUACAAAAAGUAGGAGUUCUCGAAGAUGACGAUUUUUACAAUGACGACGAUGCAUUUGAUGAUGAUAUAUUUGGUGAAGAUUAAUUAAAAUAAUUAAUUUAUA